UUAAUAAUGUAUAUUUAAUAAAACUAUGUUUUGUUUUAUUCAAAUAGUAUGUAACUCACUCUAUUUAGUACAAUCAUCUCAUACCAAAGUAAAUGACAUGUCAAAGCAAGGUUAUGUCAUCCUCAUUUUUAUGUUUCCGAUACAUAGUUAAUGUAUAACUAACCACAUGCAUCACAAAAUGAUCCACAAGAUGGGUUUAUGAAUCUCCAGGUUAUGGAUGCAAACAUUGUGAAUGUCGUACUAAAAGAAGAGCCUGGUGAGAAGUACCAAUCAAGCUACAUGGAAGACAUUUGUUUGGGUACUUUUGAAAAAAUGUUUCAAUCCAUGGACCAUCAUGAAGUUGAUUUUCCUGAAGAUAUGGUUAAACUGGAAUUUGAUCCUGAAAGUCCUCAUCAUCAUUGGGCAGCUCAAUUAGCAAGUGCAGCUUUGGGUGAAAGUGGUGAACAUGGUGGACCAGGUGAUCCAAAUUUCCUUGACUCAAGUGCAGCUCAGAAAUUUUAUAAAAUCCAGUGUACACUAUGCAAGAAAUGGUUUUUGAAUAAUGAUUCUAUGGUGACUCAUCUGAAAACACAUUCUACUGGCAAUACUUGUGAAGUUUGUCAUCAGAGUUUCACAGACAAUGCUGGUUUACAUGCUCAUAUGUUAACGCAUGUGGGAAUGAGCCCAGUAGAAUGUACAAUUUGUCAAAAAAGAUUUGCUUACAAAUGGUGUUUGAGGAAUCACAUGCAAAGUCACAUGUCAAACAAACAAUUUGAAUAUGACAGCUUACAACAAGCUAUUUUGAAAAGAUAUGGACAACCCAAUGAUCACGGAUUAAGUAAUGAAGAUAGGCCAUACACUUGUCAAAUUUGUCAAACAUCCUUUCGUGACAAAGGAAAUUUUAGCCGUCACAUGCUGAUUCAUACAGUCCAUUCAGGUUACAAGCAAUACAAAUGUACCAUGUGUCACCGAGCCUUUGGACAAAAAACUGCUUUGAAUAAUCAUAUGCUGUCACACAGUGGAGAAAAGCCUCAUGCCUGUAAUAUCUGUGAAAAAACAUACAAACGAAAGUCGGAAUUAAUGAGGCAUUCUAUGAUCCAUACUGGAGAACGGCCAUAUGAAUGUCAAGAAUGCUUGAUGACUUUUCGUGAAAAAGCUAAAUUGAAUUCUCAUAUGCUGGUACAUACGGGUGAAAAGCCUCACGAGUGCUACAUUUGUCACAAAGCGUGCGCACGCAAGUCUGAUUUAAAUAGUCACAUGCUUUCACACACAGGAGGUCAAUACGACUGUAAGGUUUGUAAUAAAAUUUUCACGAGGAAAUCCGAUUUGAACAGGCACGUUUUAGUUCACACCGGCGAAAAGCCAUAUGCCUGUCAAUAUUGCAACAUGGCUUUUCGAGAAAAGACAAGACUGAAUUCUCACAUGGUUAUUCAUACAGGUGAUAAAAGGCAUAUCUGCCAUAUUUGUCACAAAGGUUUUCGUGAGAAAUCGAUGUUGAAGAAACAUAUGUUGAUUCACGCCGGUGAUAGACCCUAUGAAUGUUACAUAUGUCAGAAAUCGUUUACUCAAAGGACGACUCUCAAUAGCCACAUUCUCACUCAUACAACAGAAGCUUCGUCCUAUGAAUGCACUAUUUGUAAAAAAGUCUAUCGUGACAGGACGGCACUUCGAAAACAUUUGAUAUCCCAUACUGUAGAUAAAAAUAAUGAAUGCCCUAUCUGCCUGAAAAAGUUCACUCACAAGUCAGCUUUGAGUAGUCAUCUGACAUCGACUCAUUCUUUGUAACUAGAGCCCGGUUGCAAAAACAAAAAUCGUUCUUUAGUUAACUACGACAUGCAAAGGUAUAUCGAGCAACAGCAAGCCCUCAACUUUUGGGCUUUUUAUAAUGGUACUUUCGAUCCAUUAUUCACUCACUCAACGGUAGUUUAAACACUUUUGCGACGUAUUAACUAGAAGAAUGGCUUGCUUUGUGCAACCGGGCAACAAAGAAUCUAGUCCGAUUUUACUCAAUUUUCGAUUGUUUGAUAAUAUCUUCCAGUGAUUGUGCGUGUUGGUGCCUAAAGUGUUGAAGCAAUGUACUCAUUUUUUUUCUGCGUGUUAACAUUAAAAUGUAUUGUUAUUAGACAUGACAUGUGCUAAAAACAUUUGAAAAAUGUACGGAAAUACAUUAAGAUGAACAUGACUAGAAUAUAAUGUUGUAAUUCAACUAUUUGAUGAAUAUUUUCUCUUUGACUCUCAAAGAAAGUUAAAUAACUUGAUAUUAUUUGCUAAGUACUCAAUAUAUAGUUGUAUAAAAUAUUAAAAAUUUGUUGGAGAAAUCAAUUUGUGCAAUCUCAAAUAAUAUCUACGAUUUGACAUCCUUAUUGUUUUGUAAAGGAGUCAACUAUUUCGAGAUUUGCUACGUAUCAUAUUGACGCAUUUAUUUGAUUAUCAAAUUACAUCUUCCAAGAAUUUAUUCGUUAAGAAAAUUUACUAAACUUAACAAGUUGAAAAAAAUAGUAAAUGCUAAGGAUAAGCACAUAUUUCAUCAAUUAAAUUUAAGAAUUCUGCUUUAGAUAUAUUUUUAAUUGUAAAGCCUGUGUGUAAGAUUGUUCAAAUGGAUUACAUAAAUGGGAGAAUGCAAUGAACAUGUUGAGACAAAAAAAAAAUUCUGUUCCA